CGCCGAUGGGGGCGCGCAGCUCGCCGGCCCCGCUGCCACACUUCACCGGUCUCGCGGCUACGCGUGCGCCGCCGGUGUCUCACGCGCGGCGCGGUCCUUUAUCGCUGUAUCGUCCCCCCCCCUCCCGUAUGUCUUUAAUCGCCACUUAAAACAGCCACAAGUUACGCUGGCUGGCUGGGAGCGUAACAGUGUAGCUGAGCCGAGUUCAGAGUUGCAACACAAAUGUUUCCCGUGGAGGAGAGAGGGGCUGAAAGUAUAGCCUCGGUCUCCAAAGAAAUAAUUUAAUGUAAGACACCGGAACGCCACAGUUGUUGGCUACUGUAAGGCGCCUUGAAGUUUGCAGUUAUAUUUACUGCUUUGCUGGGUUGAAGAUGUUAGGUUGACGUAACCGGCUGUUUUAGUAUUCCGGAGAUCACUACAGGAGGAACGUGAGGUCUGCUCCUACAGUUCGUUGCACAGCAGACAGUAUGACGUGCAGCUGUUUGCAUCGAUUUGUGUUUAAAUUCAGUGUUUAGACGCCUGUGAAGUAUUGCGUGCUCGUAAUCACGUCAUUUUAUUGACUGUGCUCGGAUUGUAUUUUCUUCGAGUUUCACCGGCUGGCGAAUGUUAUUCUUGAAGCUCGACGCACUUGCUGCGUCUUUGAAGCGGUAUUGUCAGAUCAUCACUAAUUAACCUUAUCUGGUUUACAAAGAUAACUGAGCAAAUACAGAGGAAAGGGGGGGUUGGACAGCCUCAUGAGUGUCUUCGGUGGACUUCGGAGACGUUAUGGAUUUGACUAAAAUGGGUAUGAUCCAGCUGCAGAAUCCCUCCCACCCCACGGCCCUCCUGCAGAAGGCCAACCAGAUGCGGCUGGCGGGCACUCUCUGCGAUGUGGUCAUCAUGGUGGACAGCCAGGAAUUCCACGCUCACCGCGCCGUGCUGGCGUGCACCAGCAAGAUGUUCGAGAUCCUCUUCCACCGCAACAGCCAUCAUUACACCCUGGACUUUCUCUCACCAAAGACUUUCCAGCAGAUCUUGGAGUACGCCUACACCGCCACACUCCAGGCAAAGGUGGAGGACUUGGAUGAUUUGCUGUAUGCGGCAGAGAUCCUAGAAAUAGAAUACCUAGAGGAGCAAUGCCUCAAGAUCCUGGAGACCAUCCAGUCAUCGGAUGAAAAUGACACUGAGGCCAACGACGGCGGGGGCGGUGAGGAGGAUGAUGAGCGCCGGACGAGGCAUGGGAAGAGUGCGCUGAUCUCAAAGAAGCAUUCCAUGGAAGAGGGUGGUUACAACCCUACUGCCCAACAAGGCUUGUCCCUGCCAAACAUGGUUGAUCAGAGUCCCUCCGUCUCAACUUCCUUUGGCCUCUCCACCAUGAGCCCCACCAAGGCUGCCGUUGACAGCUUGAUGAGCAUCGGGCAGUCCCUGCUGCAGGGUGGCAUGCCCCAUGGUGCCAGCGGGGACCCGCUGGCUCCAGCGAACACCAACCCCCUGGUGGCCGAAGUGAAGACGGAGAUGAUGCAGGUGGAUGAGAACCAGGAGAGCCCCCGCGCGAUGGAGUCCGGCUCCUCAAGCAACGGGGAGAGGAGCGGAGAAUCGGACCGCAACCGGGAGGGCCCCGGCACCCCGACCCGGAGCAGCGUCAUUACCAGUGCCCGUGAGCUGCACUACGUCCGUGACGAGACCAUGGGCGACCCGCAGGCCGAGGCAGCGCAGAUGGCACUGGAGGGCGUUACCGGCCUGACUGAGAAGCACCUGGCGGCACUGUACUCGGUGCCCUCCAACCACAAGAACGAGACGAUGGUGUCCAUGCCCACCUCGGUGGCCUCCUCCCUCCACAUGUCCCCCGCCUUGGCCAUGUCCAUGGACUUCAGUGCCUAUGGGGGCUUGCUGCCCCAGAGUUUCAUCCAGAGGGAGUUCUUCAGUAAGCUGGGGGAGCUUUCGGCCGGCGUCAAGCCCGAGGGCAGGAACCCGAGCGAGCGCUGCAACGUGUGCGGCGCCGAGCUGCCGGACAACGACGCCGUAGAGCAGCACAGGAAGCUGCACAGCGGCAUGAAGACCUACGGCUGCGAGCUGUGUGGGAAGCGCUUCCUGGACAGCCUCCGCCUCCGCAUGCACUUGCUGUCGCACUCAGCUGGAGCGAAAGCCAUCGUCUGCGACCAGUGUGGUGCUCAGUUUCCGAAGGAGGAUGAUCUUGAAGCACACAGGCAGGUCCACACAGGCUCGGACAUGGCCAUCUUCUGCCUCCUGUGUGGCAAGCGCUUCCAGACGCAGACGGCCCUGCAGCAGCACAUGGAGGUCCACGCCGGCGUGCGCAGCUACAUCUGCAGCGAGUGCAACCGCACCUUCCCCAGCCACACGGCACUCAAGCGGCACCUGCGCUCCCACACAGCAGGUGACCACCCGUUCGAGUGCGAGUUCUGCGGGAGUUGCUUCCGGGACGAGAGCACGCUGAAGGGGCACAAGCGCAUCCACACCGGCGAGAAGCCCUACGAGUGCAACGGCUGUGGCAAGAAGUUCAGCCUCAAACACCAGCUGGAGACCCACUACCGUGUACACACAGGUGAGAAGCCGUUCGAGUGCAAGCUGUGCCACCAGCGCUCGCGGGACUAUUCGGCCAUGAUCAAGCACCUGCGCACGCACAACGGCGCCUCGCCCUACCAGUGCACCAUCUGCCUGGAGUACUGCCCCAGCCUGUCCGCCAUGCAGAAGCACAUGAAGGGCCACAAGCCCGAGGACAUCCCACCAGACUGGAGGAUUGAGAAGACCUACCUAUACCUAUGCUACGUCUGAAGGUGGGGGGGGGGGGAGGGGGGGUGGAGGGGUUUGGCGGAAUGGUGGGAUGAGAACUCGACGUGAUGACUCGAGAAACGGGUUGAAUCGAAAUGGAUGAGGAGGGAGAGACUGGCUGAUGCACACCAUUGAUGGAUGGAUGGAUUGGGCGGGGUGAGGAAAGAUGUGGCAGGAGGUGGAGUCGGAAGUAGGAGGAGAGGCAGUGGGGAGUGACCCAGUGAUGUCAUGUUACGUGUAAGUGUAAGUGUGUCCAUGCCGAAAAUGUUCUUGUUUCAUCGUCGUCGUCGUUCGUCGUCGUCGUUACUAUACUCAAGGAGCCAAGGCAAGGACUUUGGGCCAUGGGGUCCUGCGAAUCCCCUCUGUUGGCUUCGGCUCUGCCAGCACCUCCAGGAUGAUGUCCCCCAUCCUCACCCAGGCCACAACUACCAGGAGACCGACUUGCGUGAUUGCUGACGCUGGAGGUAUGGAUGUGAUCCCCCUCCCUUCCAAUUUUUUUAUUUUUUUUUUAUUUCCUCUUUUUGUUUCGUCUUUUGCCCCGGCUGUCGCUGGGCGAACUUUGGACUUCUGGCUGGGCUAUAGGCCCUGGGAUGCCACCAUUCAAAAAAAAUAAAUAAAUAAAUAAAAAGAACAUUUCUGGGCCUUCAGUCCUAAGCUGGCCCAAACCCACGCUGCUGUUUCCGUGUCCGCGAGUCUCCCUUCUGGUUAAAAAGCAUAUUCCCUGCAGCUGUACCUGACAAGGACACAGAGCACUUAAUUAACCCUCUGGCAGUGGUAAGUUCACAGACAGGGAAGAAUUCACCCCAGCACCAAGGCCCUCACAGCAAAACAUCCCGUGGGGGUUGUGAGGUUGGCCUUUGCUCACACUGGUUACGCCGAAACCUGUGUAAUCCUUUUUGGAAACGAGAUGCCGUGUCCUGCACGGGUUGCAAGAUCCGUGCAGUCUACAGGCUUGCAGGACUGGCUGCCGGAUAGGUCGAGAACAUCGAUCACUUAAGUUGAAGUCUUCGCAUAAACCUGACUGCGAGUUUUCAUUUUUCGUUCAGGCUUUUCUGGGAAAAGUGGUUCGCCCACUGUUCAGAUGAGCCCCUAAAUGUUUUACUAUUAUUCUUUUAAGCCUUUGACGAUGUAUCAUUAUAUAUCGCUCGUCAUCACUUUGCACAGCGUUCAACAAAUUAGGACAAGGGCCUUUCAGUUUUGAGUUUUUGAAACUGCUGGGUGGCUGAAACAGAACUGUACUAGUUUAUCGCUCCUUUUUUCCGCACAGAGUACGGACUGCCGGUGUUCACCUUUAUUUCUCAGUUUCAUAUAUAUUGUUUUUUAUGAAUAAUUCUGUCAGGAUCUCCAAGUCACGGUGGAAAAACCGCAAGCCGAUCCCCAAGAAGGUGCCGUGGACCGAUUCAGGCCUGUGGUCCUUUUCAGACACACGUGCGGACGCACACAUGCACAUACGGAUGCUCUUUCAAUGCCAAUACGACAGAGACCAAAAGGACUCGCUGUGCUCACGGCCACUGCCUGCCGGAAAAAAUGACCAGUGUUAGCAUGCGUCUCGCAAGCUACGUGAAGGCUUUCGCCAGCCCCCCCCCCCCCCCCCCCUCCGAGGCGUGACCUGGAAAGAGAGAAAAGAAAAAGAAAAAAAACUCUUUAUAAUUUUUUUUCUUUGCUUUGUGUAUGUUUAUUUGAACUUGGUGUGUUUUCAGCACAUUGUACUUGAAUUACCUCGUUUUUCGUGACCUCAUCUGCUUGUAUUUUUUUUUUUAUUUGUUGUGUGAGUGCGUGCUUGUGUCUAAUGGAUGAAAAGGUGAUAUAUCCUAGGGAAAUAAGGAGUUAAGUGCCACUGCGGUGGGGGGAAAAUGUGUAUUUUUGUCAUGUAUUCUGUGCAUUAUUGUUACCAAAAUUGGUAUUGUUUUUGUUUAUAAAACAAAGCCCUGCUUUUGUUCGAAGAGCUCGGGGUUUUGUUGUCGUUAUGAAAGCUACCUCUAAGUUGUUGUUUUCGUUUGUGAAAGCAUUCAGUUCUACUUGCAUUUCGCAUCGUGGUGUCACUGCGACUUCAUCUCACGCUUAACUUUCAAGUGUUUUUUUUUUGUUGUCUGUUAGUGACAUUUAUAUAAAGGGUUAUAGAAACUAGUGAUCGAUAGGAAAUGGAAGGAAGUUUUUUUUUUUUCUUUUUAAAUGGUCUUUUCCUUCAUUCUCCCCUUCUAACCUUUGAACUUAAUGGUGGAUAAGAGAUUUUGAAGCCUUAAGAAUGGAUUAUCAGUUGACCUGGGAGGCAGUAGUGGAAUGAUAGUACUUUCAAGCGAGUCUAAACAAAAAAAAAAAAAGGCAGUAAACUUGAAAAAUAUGUGAAUAGAAUUGUAGUUUUGUAAUGUGAAGAAGGUUCGUGAAUUCUGAACCACUAAGGGUUAUAUAUGCAGCAAUGCGGUGUGCGUUGGACAAUUUGGACUGCAAGUGGUAAUCAAGGAAGAAAAAAAAGAUGAAAAAAAUUGGUCGACAGUUUUUCGAUCCGAGUGUUGUUCCUGAGCAAGAGCCAACAGAGGCCAUUUGAUAUAUAAAGUUGUGAUAUUUUUGUAUUAAGUGUCAGUCUUUCUCCAUUUGUCAAGUUUUUCAGCGGGGCAAACAUUUAUAUAUAUAUAUAUAUAUAUAAACUAUUUUUGUUUUUGUUUAUUAUUAUUAUUUUUUAAUUUUUUUUUUUCAUUGUUAUUUCUGGGUUGACUUAAAUGUUUUGCCCUGUGCCUCUUUUUGUAUUGUUGGACAUAAACGUUGUGUGAAAAUGAUGUAGUAUUACGUGUUGCUUUCUGGAUGUCAACGCAUUGUAGGUGAAGGACUAAAUCUCUCCGCCACAAAUCUGCCUGUUACGAAAUUCUCUCGGAGUAAAUCGGGGAGCGCCGAGGCUGGCUGCCGGCCACGUCGCAUAACACUUUGUCAAACAUUACAAUUUAAUUUUUUACUUGAAAUAAUUGAAAAAUAAAGAAGGGUUGGUGGUAGAGCUGGGGUGGGGGGGGUGUUCAUUUGGUUGGUUACCGUUGUUUUCUUGUAAACACUGUGAAUCGAGGGGUUCCCUCUUACGAUAUUAAAUGACAUGCAAAUGAGAGAAACUGAAAGACAGAAAGUUUACUCUUUCUGCCAAUCGCAAGUGUACGCCACAGGUCAAAGAACGACCUGUCAGUCAUUUUUUGUUUUUCAUUUUAAUAUAUAUUUUUUUAGUGGGUGUAUGUUCAGAAUGCUCUCAUCACUUACUGAACCUUUUUGUAUCUGUAGGCGUGUGUGUUUUGCGUGUGUGCGUGCGUGUGAACAUGUGUGCUCGUGAUCCACGUCUGUCUGUGACGAAGCACUAAUUGGAUACAAAAUUAAAAGUCGUUCUUGGGCCUUUUUUCCUCGAAAUGCGUUGAAGAAAACGAUGGCGUUGAUAUAGUUCUUCCCGCAAUGUUCCUCUGUUUCUGUAAUAUCUUUGUGCCUAAAAUGGAGCUGUUCUACAAAAUGUCCAUUUCUAUCUGCUUACUUUCUGUAUUUUCAAAUGAAAAUGAAUAGUGUCACCAGUCUGAGCAGGGUGCCAUGAUGGCCCAGGACAGCGUUCACCCACCCCACCCCCCCCCCCCCCCAUUCUCUUUCUGGGCCACUUUAGUGACAAUUUAUUUUCUUUUCUUUCCUCUUGAAGUUAAAUGUGUUGAAGCUGAUUUUGGAGGGAAGGGAAAGUAGCUUUAGCAGGAAGCCCCUCAGUAAUAGCUGUGAGUGAGUCACCUCAUUGUCUGGCCGUCGCUUGAACACCAAAAGCACCAUUACUGUCAGUGUGAGAUGGGGGGGUGAAACGUGUGUGUGUGUGUGUGUGUGUGUGUGUGUGUAUUGGGCUUGAUGCCAUAACAAGAAAAACAGAAAUAUCCCAAGUGUUGACAUGGAUGACAUUCCUGACCUGAAAUAUGUGAUGGUUCUGUUGUAAAGGUGUGGUUUCGGGAGCCUUGGAAUCAGGCCAACUCCUCCCCCCCCCCCC